AUGAGCAACAGUAAUAACAGCUCUAGUUUUAUUGGAGGGUGGUGUUUUGAUUCGUCUACUACUCAGGGUUCGUUGAGCACAAAUGAUGGCAACGCCAAUGGGAAGAUUUGUAAACAGAAGUUGAGUCAUAAGUCUUCAGUUUCUCAGAAUCGUAGUAGAUCCGUGGCAACCAGUGCUCAAUUACUUGAAUCCAGGUUUUCAAAUGUAUUGUCUAGAGUUUCUGGUAAUACUAGAAGGAGUGCUGCUACGGGUACGAAAGGUCGGAAGUUUGUUUCUACUGCGCCUGGUGCUCCUGUGGCGCAGGAGAAAGUUGUCUGUAGCAUAUUUGAAUCGGCGAAGGAUGCUGAUACCAGGGUUGGGAUGUGUAUUAUAAAUUACACUACUGGUGAAAUGACUAUAUCAGAAUUCAUGGAUUCUCAGAUCUUCAUCCGAACCUUACAUAAGCUUCAAAUCCAUCAGCCAACUGAAAUUAUACUUCCAAGUGUAUCUUUAUCACCCAAAGUUUCCAAAUUAGCUACUUUGAUUAAAUUCAAUAUCCCCGAGUCGGUAAAAGUGAGUGAGGCCACUGUGAAAUAUUUUAACGCUAAAGACGGUUUGAAAGCUGUAGAACAUUAUGGUCUUUUUCCACACUCUGAAAAAGUUUCCUGCCUUGAAGAGUUUACCGGCAAGAAGUUUGGCCUCUGUGCAACAUCUGCUGCUGCACGUUACGUAACACAGUAUUCCAAUGAAACAAGCCACCAUUACAAAUUUAGAAACUUCCGUAUUCGUUAUGAGGGGACUGAAAAUACAAUGCUCAUCGACCCACGUACUAUUAGGGGCUUAGAGUUAGUCUCAAAUUUAAUUGAAAAAAAUGGAUUGUCAUUCUUUAAACAUUUGAAUAGAACUGUAACUAAGCCAGGACAACGCGCGCUAAGAAACAAUAUAUUGCAACCAUUGUCGAAUGCUAAUACUAUAAAAAUGCGCUUUGAGGCAGUCGUUGAAUUACAAGCUAACCCUGACUUGCUACGUUCUCUUAGAAGUGAACUUAAAACGGUACAGGACUUGGACGUGUUAUACUGUAUGCUAUUAUCCGUUAAUCAUGGUGCCAUUAAACAGAAACAUAGAAUUAAUUAUGCCAUAUCUUUAAAGGAUUCGUUUGCUUCUUCCAAGAAAAUUAAGAGUCUACUUGAGGAAAGUCAAUUGAAGGCUUCUUUAUUGCAGGAGAUAAAGGAAAAUAUUUUUGGAACUGUGCUGAACGAUCUUCAAGAGUUAAUAAACGACCAUAUAAAUGAAGAUUGUACAUUGGCUACAACUGAUCUAGAACAUCAAAAUCAAAUGAUUUAUGCUGUACGAAGCGGAUCAAAUGGUUUGCUUGAUGUCCUACGGCAGCUGUAUAAGAAGGUUAUUGAUGAAGUUUAUGAGUAUGUGUCCAAGCUAUCUGAGGACCAUCAUAUGAAUAUAGAUUACGGUUACGAUUCGUCCAGAGGCUUCUUUAUGAAAGUUAAACGAACCGAAGUAUCUACCUCUGACCUACACCCAACUUUCAUCAACAGGAUCCAAAAGAAAAAUAUGAUUGAAUUUACCACAAUGCAUGUGGUAAAAUUAAACGCUCGUUUAAAUGAAGUAAUGUCUGAAAUCUUAUUGAUGAGUGACCAGUUGGUUGAACGUUUACUUAAUGAUACCGUCAAGCAUAUCGCUGUAUUAUUUAUGGUUGCAGAAGCCGUUUCAAUCCUUGACUUGCUUUGUUCGUUUGCCCAGUAUGGUUCAGAGACGAAUGCAAUUGUACCUGAAUUUUCUGAUGCAUUGCUCAUUAAGGGUGCUAGACAUCCUAUCCUGUCGACUGUAAUUGAUGAUUAUGUGCCUAAUGAUAUUGUUUGUACCAAGAGUUCUUCAUCAAUACAAAUUAUUACGGGAUGCAAUAUGAGCGGUAAGUCUGUGUACAUAAAGCAAGUUGCCUUGUUGAAUAUUAUGGCACAGAUUGGUUGCCCUAUUCCGGCUGAGUAUGCUUGUUUUCCUUUAUACACCAAAAUACAUGCUCGUGUUUGUAAUGAUCCGCUUGAAUUGAAUUCCUCAACAUUUGCAGCUGAAAUGAAAGAAAUGGCCUACUUUUUGCAUGAUGUUGAUGAUAAAACGCUAAUGAUUAUUGAUGAGUUAGGUAGGGGUUCAAGCAUUGGCGAUGGGUUUGCCAUAUCGUUAGCUAUAACGGAGCAUUUGGUGCAAAAAAACUGCACUGUGUUUCUCACCACACACUUUAAUGACAUAGCUAAGAUAAUGUCAAGUAGGCCAACUGUUGUUCAUUUGCAUAUGUCAACAACUCUCGAUGAAACCGAUGCUUUAAAAAUGACUUAUAAGAUAACUAAUGAGUUUGACCACAUUAAAAAUUAUGGUUUAAGGGUUGUGAAAUCAUUAUUCCCACCGAAGAUCAUUAAGGAAGCCUGUGAGCUCGCCAAUUCAAUCUCUACAGCUCGUAAGAAAACUACAAAUAGCCUUCUAACUACUGAAGAGUCCUUGGAAUACCAGGGGAGGGUGGUUCAAGUAAGACAAAUUCACUAUCUUGUUGCUCUUCUAUCGAAGAUCAAAUCAUCAGAAGACUUUUCAUUAGACUCCUUGAAAGCAAUUCAGGAGAACUUUGUUAAAAGAUUUAAUUUUUAA